AUGCACCACACCACCAGAUUUCUUCUCUUUGCUGCGACAGCUAUUGCAUGCCCAGCACUUUCUCAAGCCGUCCAAGGACCUUGGGAGCAAUGCGGUGGAAUUAGCUGGACCGGAGGCACAACAUGUCAGACAGGCUGGAAUUGUGUGGUCCAGAAUCCAUGGUAUUCUCAAUGCCUCCAGACCAACAACGCACCAAACCCUCCAGCGACAUCGUCAAAGCCCGCCCCGCCAGUGACGUCCAGCACUCCACCGGCAAACACCAAGACUAGCACUAGCAAGCCUUCAACCUCAACAAGCCCUGCUACAGGAGGCGGAAUUACCUAUAAAGCCUCAUUUACCCACUAUGGUGCUGGCGACACAUUCGGAUCUCCCAACUGUAAUACGAACACUGCUGCCUGUGCAUUCUACACCUGGCCAGGAUUCAGUGCCGCCGCCAGCGAGAAUCUGUUCGGCGUUGGGCCUGGUGCCGGCGCCGGUCCUGCUUGUGGUACCUGCUGGAAGAUUACCGGCCAAACCGAUUCCUCCGGAAACAAGUUAAGCAACGCAGGAACCAGCAUCGUUGUCAUGAUCAACAAUCUGUGCCCCAAGCAAGGAAAUCCCUUGUGCUCCCAGAACGGUCUCAGUGGCACCAACCAAUAUGGCGCCAAUGUCAAUUUCGAUCUCUGCAGUGAUAGCGGUGCCCAGGCUGCAUUCUUCGGUAAUAAUGGUGUUGGCCUCGCCAUUGGCACUGCGACUCAGGUUGACUGUUCUCAAUGGUCGGGCACCAUUGUGCACUAG